GUCAGCACUCAGCAGUCGGCACUCGGCACAAAUUACAAAAUAAAUACUGCUCAUGUUUUUAUUGAUGAUAUUUAAUACAUAAAAUGUAAAUUUUAACAAAAAUAUUGAACUCUUUACAUGACUGUCUGAAAGAUAAAACAUAAUUAAAUUAAGUCGGCGCUUUCUGAUACCUUUUUAUAUUUUACUGAUUUCAGUAAUUGAUAUUGGGUUACAAUCAAAUCUUAAAGAUUCAAAAGUUUAUAAUAUAUACUGCAAAAUGGAUGACCAAGCAUGCCCUCGCUGUAAAACAACAAAAUACAGAAAUCCUUCAUUGAAAUUAAUGGUCAACGUUUGUGGACAUGCUUUGUGUGAAAGUUGUGUUGAAUUAUUGUUCCUUAAGGGAUCUGGCUCUUGCCCUGAUUGUAAUGUGCCUCUUCGCAGAAGUAAUUUUCGUGUACAGUUAUUUGAAGAUUCAAUGGUAGAAAAAGAGAUUGAUAUAAGGAAGCGCAUUUUAAAAGAUUUUAAUAAGAAAGAAGAAGACUUUGCAACCAUAAGAGAAUAUAAUGAUUAUUUAGAGGAUAUAGAAUCAAUAAUUUUCAACUUAGUGAAUAAUAUUGAUAUAAUUAACACCAAUAAAAAAAUAGACCAGUAUAAAAAAGAUAACAAAGAGUUAAUUAUGAAAAAUAAAGCAAAAAUUGGUAGGGAAGAAUUAGAAUUAGAAGAAAUAUUAGAAAUAGAGAAACAAAUGGAAGAUUCAAGGAGAACAGAAGUAUUAAGAAUAGAUCAAGAAGCUAAAAAACAGAAAAUAAGAGAAAAAGAAGCAUUGAUUGAUGAAUUAAUGUUUGCUGAUGGGGAUGCUAAGGAUAUAUUAAACACAUUCUCACAAAGUUUAGCAAAUAAACAAGAAGAAAUUGUAUCUGUUCCAGUGCCUAAAGUUACACAUUUCUCUAGUGGAGUAAAAUUCACAAGAGGGUCUGGUCAACAACCGUUGCCUAUAAUAGAAGAAGGUCCACUGUACAAAUAUGAACCAUUGGAAAUACCAGACAGAUGUGGACCAGCCACACCAUCGAUUCAGGAAAUUAUUAGUAAUGGGUAUUUGCAACAUGUCAGAGCAGAGAAUGAAACAGAGAAAGCCGGUGGCUAUAAAUCAACACUGCCUUGCUUACGAGCUCUUCAAGAUGCACUAGCGGGGUUGUAUCACACAAGUUGACAUCACUUGGUUACAACCGCCCAACUAAAUAUUGUUCAAGACUCUACGCAUGAAUCUAAUUAUUAAUUGUUUUUGUUAUACCCUGUAAUUUAACAGCAAGACCAUGUUUCAUUAAACCGUCUCCUCUAAACUUUGUAUACAAAAUUUACUAAACACAAUAGUUUUACUGUUGUUAAUUAAAAACCAAUUAUCAAAAUUUAUUUGAAUGAUUUUUUUUCUGUUGUGAGGGUACGCAAUGUACAUGCCUAAAUAGCAGAUUAAAAAUUUAGCGUUAAUUUCUUUAAUAUGUAGCAUGAUUAUUAUAAUUAAAUUUUUCUUGUUUAGUACUUCAAAGCAUCUUCAAAGCAUUCUGUGAACUGUGAUGUUUGUUUAAUAAAUGUUGAGUGAUACAUUGUUUAAUUUA